AUGAACGUGAAAACGCAGGGAUUACAAGUAACUUUAAAGUGGUUAAAAUUUUCGAGAUUCUAUGCAUCGACAACGAAACCCUCCCCUUUGCCCAAUUUACAACUACCUCCUAAAUAUACAUUGGCAUCAUUAAGGGCAUUCCCAUCACUAGAACCGCUGACAUAUAUUCCCGUAUCUACAGAGGUCUUGGGCUUACCUUUAAGACGUGAUGUUCUGUGGCAAGCGAUUGUGUUUGAAAAUGAUAAUAAACGUGUAGGGUCAUCAAAUCCUCCUGGGAGAUCGACUAACGGUUAUUCAAGGCACAAAUUGAGGCCUCAAAAGGGAUCAGGUAAAGCAAGAUUAGGUGAUGCCAAUUCUCCAAUGUUACAUAAAGGCGGUAGAGCAUUAGCAAGAACUGCUCCUCAUGAUUAUACUACAAAACUCCCAAGAAAAUUGUAUUCACUGGCAUUUAACACUGCUCUAAGUUACCAGUAUGAAAAAGGUAAUUUGUAUGUUAUUGGCGAUGCCAGCAACGUGGAUCCAAUAAACUUGAACGAUGUUAACAAGCUGGACAUCCCUGUAUUUCCUGAAACGACUGCCAAAUAUCGUAGUUCGUUAUUCAAGAAAUUCUUACAGGAACAUAAGCUAAAUGGGAAGCGAUUACUUUUCAUAACAACAGAAAACAGAAAUGAUCUUCUUCGAUAUUCCGAUUACUAUAAGCAAAAAGUAGACGUCAUACAAAAAGAAGGAGUAGAAGUAAAUGAUCUUUUGAAAGCUAGCAAAAUAUUUAUAGAACUGGAGGCAUUUCAAUACUUAGCUGAGCAACAUGCUCAAUAG